AUGAUUAUCCAAAGAAUAAUACUUAGGCGAAUACCGUCUUUUAGAGGAUAUGCCACCUCCCCUACCCCAACCACAUCUACGAUUAUUGCUGGUUAUGAAGCAUUACUGAAGAAAUAUCGUUUGUUAAACUUAUCAGGAGAUCAAAUAUCUCAAGCCGCCGCGGCUCAAGGCCCAGCAGUGUGGAUGUCGAACAUCACCGAUCCAUACGUCAAUCUCGCAUUGGAGACUUACUUAUUCAACAGCAAGCCCACCACCACCACCGAUGACAACGACCACCACCAAAUAUCCAACAAUCGACUUUUCUUGUAUCAAAACUCUCAGUGUGUGGUGUUUGGAAAGAACCAGAACCCUUGGAAGGAAAUCGAUUUCGGGUACUUGAAACAAAAAGAUAAAUUAUCAUUUGGCUCAUCGCCCACUGACCACCACCGUCAUCAAGCAUCAUCAUCAUCAUCUUCUUCUUCUUCUUCUUCUUCGAACGAUACUGGGAAAUUCGAAGUGCUCCGAAGAAUGUCUGGAGGUGGUACGGUGAUCCACGGCCCAGGUAAUGUGAAUUAUUGCUUCAUUACCACCAAGAAGGCCUUUGAUAGAACAGCAUUUAGCAAACUUAUUGUGCAAGAACUCAAUACCAUUUAUUCAUCGGCCCCGGAGCACGAUAAUCCUACCAACAAUAUUUAUCCGAAGUACCCCCUCACCAUCAACGACCGAGGAGAUUUGGUGGCGUGGGAUCCACAAAACCACCGAGAACUCAAAGUUUCGGGAUCUGCUUACAAAGUCUCCAGAGGGAAAAGUUACCACCAUGGAACAAUGUUGCUACAUUGCGACUUGUCGACAUUCCACAAUAUACUAAAUCCCAAGAAAUCCCUGACCAACAGUAACAACAAUCAUGAUGAUUUCAUCAUUGAUAAGAGUGUCGAUUCGAAACGCGCCCCCGUCGUCAACCUCCAAAUCGAACCGUUGAUAUUCUAUUACAGCUUAAUCAAUGGGUUCAUUGCAAACUUUGGGGUGCCAAAAUCUACAUUACUACAAUUGAACCCCAAUAUUCCCCCACAAUUCAUGCAAGAUCUUGUGGUUGGAAUGUCGUCCCGUCACCAUGAAAAAAUCAUCCCGGUUCCUCAUAAUAACCCCGAACUGAAUCAAUCAGCAGCAACCUUGGUCAUCGUCGAUGAUUCGACCAAUUUUCCCCCAGAAGUUCAUGAAAUUGCCGAUCAAUUGAGAUCUUGGGAAUUCAAGUUUGAAAGAACCCCUAAAUUCGAACACGUCGUCAAUAAAUUGGCAAUCAAGUUAGUAGUAGAAAAAUCUAGAGUAAUAGAGCUCAGUGAAAUAGGAAUCUUGCAAGAUAAUGAUGUGUCAUCAGCAGUUACCAAAAUAAGAAACGUAUUAGCGAAAUCUCCCGAGAAUUCCAUAGAAUAUGACGGUGAAACCCUAAGUCAAUUCUUUGAAAACCCAAAAACUAAACAGUAUAUUAGAAGUAUAAUUGUCUAG